AUGGGAUGCCCCCUUCUAAUCCAUUCAGAUCAGGGCAAGAACUUCAUGAGUGACUUAUUCCGAAAACGUUGUAAACUGUUGGAGAUCUCAAAGACACGCACGAUUCCAUACAGACCAUGCGCAAAUGGACAAAUAGAACGAUACAAUAGAACCAUCUUGCAGUCAAUCCGUUGCUAUUUGAAAAAUGUGUGUUUGCAGCGACAAUGGGAUCGACACCUACAGCUCAUUGAUGAUGCCAUUAGGGCUACCGUGAACAGACAGACAGGAUUUACAGCUAACAAAAUGAUGCUAGGACGAGAAAUUCUGCAACCAGUGGAUAUCAUGAUGGGUGUAGGUGAAAAACAGGAGACCAAAGUCCCGGCUGACUAUGUAGAGGAAUUGGAAGAAGUUUUGUCACAAGUCCUCACUAUUGCUCGGGAAAAUCUUCAAAGUGCACGGGAAAAUCUUCAAAGUGCACAGAUAAGACAAACACGUACGUACGACAUGCGUCUCCAUAACCACGCAUACAAUGUUGGUGAUCUUGUCUACAUGAUAGACUCGUCCACUAAGAUUGGCCAGUUAAAGAAACUGCGGAAGCCAUGGAUUGGGCCAUACGUUGUAGAAGACAAAUUGUCAUCUGUUUUACAUCGGAUCAGAGAUAGAAAGAAAAGCAAAGUGGUGCACCAUGACCGACUAAAUUAUGUUCUGAUAGAGAAAUCCCUCCAUGGUUAA